AUGACUGGAAUUGUCCCCGAGAUCAUUGUUCAUAAGUUACAGGUUGAUCCAUACUAUCAACCAAGGAAGAAAAAGAUAAGGAAAUUUACCCCUGAAAGAAACAAGGCAUUCAACGAAGAAAUCCAGAAACUCAUUGAGAACAGAUUCGUAAGGGAGGUGCAUUACCCCGAGUGGCUAGCCAACGUGGUCAUUGUGAAGAAGAAGAAUGGCAAAUUGCGAGCAGAAAGAGCGCUAUACUGCCUAACUGAGGGCCAACCAACCGGCACAUGGAAACUACAUGUAGAUGGCUCAAGCAACACGAAAGAAAGUGGACUUGGACUCGUCUUGACAUCACCCCAAGGCGACAUAAUAGAGAAAGUGGUCAGGUGUAGGUUCAAGGCUACCAAUAACGAAGCAGAGUAUAAAGCAAUGAUAGUAGGACUUGUACUAGCCAAGGAAAUGGGAAUCAGGCAGCUCAAUGUGUUUAGUGAUUCACAACUAAUAGUCAAUCAAAUGCAAGGCAGCUACUAG